AUGAGAAAGGCAGAUAGAUGUCAGCCUAUAAAAGGAAACAAGAACUGUCCCCUGGCCUUCAGGCUCCAACAUCUUCCUUUUGCCAAGAUGCUACAGCUCAAACUCUUUGCAGUGCUCAUGACUUGCCUGCUGUUGGUGAGCCAGGUCAAUGGCUCCCCAGUACCAGAACUGAGUUCAGCAAAGAGAUCCCGGAGAAUGACCCCAUUUUGGAGAGGGGUUUCCCUCAGGCCCAUUGGUGCUUCAUGUCGGGAUGAUUCGGAGUGUAUCACAAGACUAUGCAGAAAAAGACGCUGUUCUCUAAGUGUGGCCCAGGAGUGAUGUCCAUACCAGGGGAAAAGUCAGCUCCAACAGUGCUCCGUUAUAUGGAAUAUUGGUUAACUGCAUUUAAGUGAAGCAACCUUGUGUUUUUAAUAUUUAAAGACAGAUACUUGCUUUAAACUGGUCUCCAUUUCUUCUUAGAAUGUUAUUGAUACAUAGACGUUGUACAUAGACGUAACUAAGUUUGUCAGAGUUUAUUUUUCUACAAAUUCUAUUAAAUGUCUUAAAUCCAAAUUCUGGCAGUCUGGAAUUGACACUUGACCCACUUCACACAUUAUAGGAAAGAGCACUCACUAUCUAACGAGGGGAGCUGCUCCACCUUGGAGGUGUGGAGAACACCCACUCUUCAACGAAUCUUACACCAGGUUUGACAGAGGCAAUGCUCAACAACUGUCAGUCUGUGCGGAGUAGACCAUGGCUCUUUGCUCUGGAAACAACUCUUUAGGCUGGCAUGUGCCACCUGAGGCCUUUAAGACUUUGUCUAUAACUUUAUGAACAUAAAACAGAAAAGCCUAACUUAACAAAACAAUAAGCUGGGUGUAAUGCAAAUUCUAAUUGUUCUUAAUAACAGAAACUCGGAGUCAGAUAUUGGGGUAAAUGCUGAAAAGAACAGAGAAGUAAAGGAGCCAGUCACUACAGAGACUUUUUAACCUCUACCAUAUCCUCAGUCCAAAGGGAGCAAGAUCCUGUCUCCAUGAAUUCUCAGACUGAAUGCUUUGAGCUCCUGUCUCCUUCCACCUUAUAUUCCCCUCUUUUCCCAGCCAUAUCCCUUCCUGUCUCUGUUUCUCUAGUGCUGGACUUAAAAGUAUGUGACUCUCAAAUACUAGGAUUAAAGGUGUGAGAGCCACACUUCCUGGCUCCGAUAUUCUCUCUCUCUCUCUCUCUCUCUCUCUCUCUCUCUCUCUCUCUCUCUCUCUCUGUUUUGUUUUUUUGAGACAAGCCUUCUCUGUGUAACAGCUAUCCUGGAACUCUCUCUGUAGACCAGGAUGCCCUCGAACUCCCAGAGAUCUGCCUGCUUCUGCCUCCCUGUUGUUGGGAUUAAAGGCGUGCGCCACCACUCCCCGGUUGGCUCUGAUUGUCUUUUAAACUGGAUUAAUUCUGCUUAGGCCAGGGUGGCUUUGAACUCACAGAGAUCCAGUCGGUCUCUGCCUCCCAAGUGCUGGGAUUAAAGGUGUACGCCACCACCGCCUGGCCUCUAUGGCUAACUAAUGGCUAGUUCCCCAUUCUGAUCAUCAGGCAAGCUUUAUUUGUUAAAGCACAAACAAAAGAUCACCGCAGCUGGGAAUGGUGGAACACACCUUUAAUCCCAGUACAGGGAGGUGGAGGCAGAGGCAGGCAGAUCUCUGCUGAUUCAAGGCUAGCCAGGUCUAUAUCACGAGUUCCAGGCUUGCCAGGCUACAAAGUGAGACCCUGUCUCAGAAAAACAAAAACAAAAUUCAACAAAUAAAUAGUAAAAAUAAAUAACGAAUGAAACAGUAAUAGUCUAUGCCUCAAGAGCAUAAAAAAGGGGUUGAAGAUUUCCAUUGGUGCAGGACAAUUGAUAUCCAUGGAUAAGGACCUAUGGCCAUGAGUACAAAAUUUCUGUACCCAGAAAAUGAGACCUAUGCUGGUGGGAUGAGACCAUUACAGAGUAAGACUGGACUCUAAGAUACAAAAGAGCAACUCUAGGAGGAAAUCACAGUAGGAGCUGAAGAAGUGAGAGCACAUGCAUAUAAACAUUAUACAGAAAAGCUAUCUGAUAUUUAUUAAACUUAGUUUCUCCAGCUAUGGUUUGGCAUUAUACAAAGCAUCGUAAUGACACAGUAGAGUUAAAAAGAGUUUUACAAAUUGAAAUGUGAUACCCUUGUCUCCAAAUAUUUUAAUUGCCAUAAAUUUGUUUAAAAAUACACAUUAAACGCAUGUUUGACACUCUAAACUUUCUAUAAUCUCAAUACCACAAAAUACUUAUAAUAUACUAUACAGAUGUGGAAAAUCUAGUUAGUAUAUAAUACUUUGCUCACCAUUAACAGCUUAUUAUGUGAAAUGCACAUACUGACUUAGAAAUCCUAGCUUUUGAGCCCCAAAGUACCUCUGAAAUUUAAUGUAUUGCAACAAAUAAAAAUCACAGUAUAUAAUUGAAAUUUUGGUUGAAAGUGUCAGAUGCCUAGAUAUUUUGGAUAAAAGAAACGUAAAACAAAGAUUGGAUCAUGUACAAGAUGAAGCCUCCUAUCAGCAACAGUGCCUUUCUGCAGAGGCAAUAGGCCUGUACUUUAUCAAUCGUGUUACUUCCCCUCCAAAACCCUCCCCAAAUAGCAAACCAUUAUUUACCAAAUGAUUUUAAUUUCAAAUAAAAAGAUCUUCAAUAAAUAUAUAAGCAUUUCCAUCCUCCAUAUAUAAAACUUCUCAAAAUCAUUCAAAAUGGAGGCUAGGUAGAAAUUUCCCUAAGUGUGCUUACCAACUGGGCAUCUGGCCCUCAAGUGUGGCCUUUGCAGGCCCUGCCAAGUGAGCCAGCGCUGUUGGUGAGCCCCACCCCAUCCCAGUACUGUUGAAUGCUCAUGUCAGUGAUGUGCAGGUGUGUGCAUAAUGGGGACACCUCUGAGACAACAACAAGCUCAACAAUACAGAAGCCAUGGCAUUGGUUUGAAAGGUAGCACUUCCAAACUGAUGUCUUCCAGAGAGGUACAGAACAGGCAGAAACCCAGUGGCUAAAAGCUGAGAAGGAAGCUAACACAGAAGCAGCAAGGUCAAAGCCAAGUAUUACAAGGAUUUCUGGGUGGGAGCUUGUCCAAGCUCUUCUGAGAGCUUUCUCUGGGUUUAAGGAUGAUGAGUUCUGCUUAGCUGAGCAACGGCAGCAAGGAGAGAGGUGCAUGCGGACAAUCCUGAAAAUCAACUUCUUAAAAAUGAGCUAUUUAAGCUGAAAGAAAUCUCUAACUUUGUUGAGACUUCACCCAAACACCUUGUUCUAAAUUCCAUCUACAAAACAGGUGUAGCUUCUGUUUCCAUCCCCUGUUCAGGAGACAACAAGUUCUUUUUAAUUAACAUGUGAACAGGAGUUCCGCAGACCAACAUCCUCUUUCUCAGUUUCCCUAGUGCAUGCUAGUCUCAACUGACAAUCUGAGUGCUAGAAUUCAAGCAUGCACCACCACACCUUGUUCACCAAAUGACUUUUAUUUAUUUCCUGGAGAGUGGGUCUCAGUAGCUCAGGCUCACUACCCAGCAAAGGCUGACCUUUGCAUCAGGGUAUGCACCAGCACUCCUGGCCUUCUCUAACCUUAAGGACUUUUGUUACUUGCUGGCUUGAUUUCAGGGUCUGAAAGUCAAAGCUCGAUGCCUCCACUCACAAGUAUGUGAAAGGUACAUUCACCAGUGUGACAACUGGGCCUUCUCAGUGCAUCUUCCCAGUCAUUCACUACUUUUUCUGCUGAUUUUACUCACAGCAACACUAGGUGUGAAAUACUACUGGAAAAAGUCUGCCUCUCCAACUGAGAUGUGAAGGUGGAUGGGAUCUGUGUUCCACAUCCUAAGGGAACAUGAGAUACAGGAGUCUAUGGACUUGAGCAAAGUGCUCUGGCUCCCCAAGUCACUUAGGUUUAGUCUGACUAUCACCACCCAGCCUAAAACAGGCAUCCUCAGUAGAUGUCCUUGGGACCCAGACACCUAUAGACUCCUAUAAACCAAAAUAUACAAUGAAGCCAUUUUGUUCAAUUAGCUAUUGGAAAAUUAAAAUCUUUCCCACCCUGUAAGAGCCCUAUUACACUACAGAAGGGCUCAAAUAUAUUUUAAAAGUUAAUUUACUACAAAUCAUAGUAAUUAAGCUUUAACAAUCUAAAGGAAUACACAUUGCACCCUUGAAUGUUAAUAUUCAAGGUGCCAAGAACAAAGUGUCUUAGAUCAAUUUAAUAAAUAAUGUGGAAAUAGUUGCACUAAGCUAAAAUACUAAACACACACAUUUGACAAACUAAUUCCAUGUUUUCAUACAUACAUACGUACAUAUAUAUAAAGUGUGUAUGUGUACAUAAUUUUAAGAUCCAAAGUUGCAUACCCUCAGACCUGGAAGAGUGCACAGCAUCCCCCUUCUCAACUGAGCUAGGCAUCAUCUAAUGGAGCUAUUUAACUGGCUGCACUACAAACUCCUCUGAGCACUGACCUCAGGCAGUGCUUGUACUUCUGACAAGAACCUUUGUAGGCCCUGGCUACACAAUGCAAGCUCAUUCAUUAAACAUCAAUGUACCAAAGUUUCAGCGGUUAAAUACAAAUGAUGCUGCCUAAUCUAGCUGAUUAAAUCUUUAAUUAAAAAAAAAA